CACUUGCUAGCUAGAAGACUAGUUUGUAAACUUGACAUCUUCACAUCAUUUUUACAUACUGUUCAUUUUUAAAUUUUAUUUUGUAUCUUGUAUUUUUAAAUUGUGUUAAUUUAUCUGAUUUUCAUCAUCAGGCAUUUAAUUUAUCAACUGUAUGAAUGCCUUGUACUGAAAGAAAUGUCAAGCUUGCCUACAGCUGAGAGGUGAUUUGAUUACCUCUCAGCUUUCAUCUUUUUUGAAAUAUCAUAAAAUUGACUUCCAAAGUUGGCCGAUUAAGUAUCUGCUGUUAAGUUUUUUUAAUCAUUUGUAACAAUCAUCUGGUCAUAUUUGCUCUUUCCAUCACUAUCUUCAUCUAAUUAUUUAUUUAGUCCGAUAAUUAACUGAAACUUGCCAGCUUUUCUUCCUCAUCCAUACAUUGUGAUUAUCAAAAUCCUUGGUGUUUUGCAUAAAUAUCUCUAGCGUGAGCCAUUUGAUCAAUCCAUUUCUAAACCUUCAUUGAAAAUAUUUUUAAGCAACAGCUAUUGGAACAAAGAUGAAGAUAAACGAGAAAACAUUGAUCAGAUAUAGCACCAGUAAUAUGGUACCUGCUGAUAUAGAGGGUUAUCUGUAUAAAAGGGGCGAGGUUAAUCGUAAUUUUCAAAAAAGAUGGUGUAUAUUGAAAGGUAAUUGUUUAUUUUACUUCGAAAAAAAGAAUGACAAAGAGCCUCUUGGUUGUAUCUUAUUGGAAGGAUCUCGAAUCGAUAUUGAUGAUAGUGAAGUAGAUUUAUUUGCCUUCAAAUUGGUUUUUUCGGGUCAUGAUUGUCGAGACUAUAUUUUUGCUACCGAUAACUCUGAAAGUCAGGAGAAAUGGAUGAAAGCUCUUUCUCAGGCAUCCUAUUCAUACCUUAAAAUGGUCGUGGCUGAAUUGCAGAGACAGCUUGAUGAGAUCAACUUGGCAGAAAGGAGAAGAAUCAACGAGAAUGAAGAUGGCAAUCAUGAUCGUCCACAAAGAGCUAAUCCUUUCAAUUCGUCUCGCGAAGAUCUCAUCGAUUUAGAGGAAACAAAUUCAUCUAAUCAGGGUAAAGCGCAACUCUUUUCAAGAAGACCGUUUAUCGAAAUCCAUCAAUAUUAUGGUUUACAAUUUAGAAGCUAUUUUAAUUCGAUGAAAGAGAAACAGGAACAAAAUUCUCAUACGAAUAAAAUUCCACAGCCGAAAGUUGAUCUUUUAUCUUGAAAGGAUUGUCAACCGAUAAGUAAAUUAAACUUUGUAUCGCUUUUCUUUUGA